CGUGCACGCUACCAAUAAUAUUCUCCAGUAUAGCCAGCAGACUGUUGAGCCUUUGACUUGUGGCCCACACUGAGCUCUCACCACCCCCAACGUGAAGACAGCACGAUGCCAGGUGGAAUGCCACAGCCAUUGCCAGGUUCAAGGGGCUUUUGGUGAGCGCCACUAACUAGGAUUCUAAAGGAGCCUAAAGGAGGAGGAGAGAGGAGAGAGUAGGAGCGAGAGAGAGAGGCGCGCGCGGAGGAGCAGCAAAACAUGGUAAUCACCACCACCAACAUCUCCAUCACCACCACCACCACCACCAUCACCCCCAACUCUGCCUCUCCUCCACUGCGCUGGAGAGCGCGUUUCAUACCCAAAGCCCUGCACCGCGCUCCAAAAAUAUCCCUCAGCCAGCAUGCCGAAGGAAGCAAAACAAGAAGACUGGUAUUUUUAGGGUCAUUAAUUUGGACCACGUGGCCGCAAGGUAAACCGGAUGGCCGUUGCGCAGAGGCUCCUCGUCAGUAUGUCCUGCGAGGCCGGCACGCCGCAGUGGACGCUGACCGCGGUGCUUCUCCUGGGCUUACUGCUGGGGGUCGUGUCAGCGUACCCUUUACCGAGCAGCAGAACAAAUGCAACUUUACUGGAGAAACGUUGGGAGAGCCUGUUCUCCCGCUCUAUGUUGGGUAUCUCCGGGGAGAAGCCGGACUUGAACUGGGAGAGUGACUAUUUGCUGGGCAUCAAACGUGUGCGGAGGCUCUAUUGCAACGUGGGCAUCGGGUUUCACCUUCAGAUCCUCCCUGACGGAAGGAUAAACGGUGUACAUAAUGAAAACCAGUACAGUUUAAUAGAAAUCUCUACGGUGGAGAGAGGGGUGGUGAGCCUGUAUGGGGUGAAGAGUGGGCUGUUUGUCGCAAUGAACCGCCGCGGGAGGCUAUACGGAACGACAGUCUUCCAUGAUGAGUGCAAGUUCAAGGAGAGCUUGCUCCCAAACAACUACAAUGCCUACGAGUCUCAAGUUUACAGAGGCUUCUACAUAGCUCUCACCAAGCAUGGCCGGGUCAAGAGGGGCAACAAGGCCACCACCGCCAUGACUGUAACGCACUUCCUACCGCGAAUAUGACAAGCAAAAGUUGGCAAUAACAACCUUAUUUGCACAUGUGGAUUAUAUCCCAGGUAAUACCAUACAUAAACACAAUAUGGACUCCUAGAGAAGAAGUAUCAGUAUAUCUUAAAAUAUUUAAUAAUUUAUUUGUAUAUUUCGGUAACUUACUUUGAGUUGGAGGAUGUAGACAUAUCAUUUGGUGCUGCUUUUUAAUUAAACAUAUUUUUUGUAAGACAAGGGAAUGAGGAAGCUUGAGUUAACAAUUUUAAUGGGCGAAAGCUUGGUUUGCCCUGUCAGUGGAAUGCACUGAUGGAAAAUGGAAUGGAUAUUUUUUAUUACCUCAAAGCACUGUAGAAAAAAAAAUGAGGACAAUACUAGAAAACUGUGUGCAUGACAUUUCGUAAAAGAAUGCCUGUAACUGCAAUCAUUGUUCUUAUUUAUCAUUUGAUUGUUUUUGUCACUGUCAGGGCAAGCAAAACAUGCACAGAGAUGUUUUUUUCUUGCUUUAGUGAGGUAGAGGUGCCUUGAAUUCCUAUAUGCGGCCCCCUACCCUUGCAUGUGAGAAAUGUGGUGCUCAAGUCAGAAAUAGGAAUGAAGCACAUCACUAGUCUCCCACUGACACCAUUGAGACUUCAGCCCAAUUCUUGGAGGGUCAGAACAAAGGUUUAUUUAUUUUCUUUCCAUAGUUAAAGAUGCACAAUGUAAGUUUUUUGCCAGGGUGUCUGCUUCCUUGGCACCGUUAUUGCUUUGUCCAGAAUGUUCCAUAGUAUGGUGUUAAAAUUAUCUGUUUUACAUGAAUUAAUUUACAGGUGUUUUUAUUGCUUAAAAAUACUCGCAUUCUUACUGUGAGCGUGGUCACCUCUCCAUAGUGCUAACCUGUAAAUUGGACGGGUGACGUCACCUGCUUGUCUCCAUUGUGAUAGAUACAUUAGACACUGCUAUACUGUCGAACAUUAAAGCUAAAGAAGUAGCCUUUUUGAGGAGAAUGGCAAAUGGCAGACCCUCCAUCAGAAAACUUAAAUAUGUGUUCCGUGUUGGAGACGUUAUGUAGCACACGGCCCAGUGGAGCCUCUUAAUGAAAUGGAAAUCUUUGUUUGAUCAUUCGGUUUCCUCCUAUUAUUUGCAAGGGAGCUUUGACAAUCCUAGGUUUUACUUUCACCAGUGUUGCUUGAUUCUGAAAGUAUUGAUGAAAUAUAUUUUGGGAAACAUAGAGUUGGCCAUUUGUUUUACAGAAUUUCGAUGGUUAUUGGUAAUCUAUGUGUGGCAGUUGUAAUGACAUAAAAACUCAACUGCUACCAUUGUAUCAAUAAGUAAGUUUGCCCAUUUGGAUCACAAAGUAAGUUUUGCUUGGUGGGGUAUGUGUAUCUUAUUUUAACGGGUAAUGAAGACAGAGAUGGGCUGUUUUUAAUACAGCUUGUUUUUAAUAGCAUACUUGAUUCAGGGACAAAGCAAGAUAAUGAUGGUGAAUACUAGAGUGAGCAUGGUUAUAGAGAGGAUGGGUAUAGAUACACUGCGAGGGUGCUCAACAAAGCUAAAGUGAAGUGCCAUUCAUGUUUCAAUACUAGAUCUGAGAUGUAUGCUUUUGUGUGUGAUUCAGGCACAUUUCAAGGUCCACCUCUUUGAAUGUUUUUACUGUCCAUCUCUAAUGUGCAAUGAAAUACACUUUCACUUUGUAAACAUGUUAUAUGUGUUAUGUUUAAACCUGCUGCCACUCAGUUCAACAGUUACAUGGUGGAUUCAUAAAGAGGUAGUUUUAGCCUCUUGGUGGCUCUAACAUACAAUACUGUAAUCAUUUCUGUGCCAUACCGCUUCCAGCAUUGCACAUCCAGAGGCAGUUAUUCCCUAUAUGUUAAGAAUGAGCAAUAUCUUGUGAAUUUAGUUUGAGCCUAAGGAACAGGGCUUUGCCUGUGCAAGCUAUUGUAGUGUGCUCUCCUCUGUAGAAAGGCACAAACACAAGUCUUCAACAGGCUGUAAGAGAGUGCAGGUUAAGAUGUAGCAAAUGGCCAUGUAAAACAAUCAAAUGCUUCCAAAUAAACUGGGCUGGUAGACUGAAUACUGUGAACUCAGAAAGCUAUUUUCUUUUAAUGGCAUGUUCAUAACUAAAAUUUAGAUUUUUUUUGUUUUGUUUUGAGUCUACUGUAUUUUUAGUAAUACCACUGAUCGCACUAUUCGGGGAGUUUAAUUUAAAUACUUUAGUACACAUUCUGAUGUGCGAUAAAAGGCAAUAUUAAGCUACAGUCAUGUUGGGCUGUAGCGGCCUGAGCAGUUAUAUUUACAAUGACUUGUAGAGUUGAGUUGAGAAUACGCAGAACUAAAUGUGAAGAACACAUUCACAUUGUGAAUAAUAUAAUGGUUUUCUGCAGAGUUCCUCUUUAGUCUAUUCUUUUAAAAGUAUUCUCAAACUUGCUCAGUACGAAAGAGUCAGUCAGCAGGACAUAGGUCAUUUGGGGGGACUAUAUGUGUAUGUAUGUGCCACUGUGCUCCGGCAGCCUUUGUGUUUUCAGUUUUCUAUUCCUGCACUGAGGGGAGAGUCUUUCCUCUUUUUUAACAUAUACCUCACCUUCUGCCUUAGUUACGAUUAUUGAAAUGAUUGUAAAUUACUUUAAAACAGCAGAUUUCUCCAAUCAUUUAUUUCUGAAAAAUAUGAGUGAGUAAAAUAUUAUAUUACAAAUGGUUUUCCUUUUAUUUUUGUACGUAUGUGCUGUGCACAGCAGUCAACUGUAUUCCUGAAAAGACAAUAAAAGACUUUUUUGUAAAAAAAAAAAAAA